AUGAUUGCUGAAAAGGCCGAAGAGCUUAUGGCUCUUCUGCAGACUCAGAGGAUUCUCACCUAUUCAGGAUGGAACCAGGUCAACAUCAGCACAAUAGCACUUGUUGCACUGGUAGCUCUGGGGCUCCUACUCUUGCUAGACUAUAGCUACAUGAUUUACUUAUAUUUUCAAAUGCCUCCAGGACCAUUCCCUCUCCCUCUAGUGGGAAAUACUCAUCUCCUCCCAGACAGCAAGCCGUGGAUUUACUUUGAACAACUAUCAAAAAAGUUCAAUUCACCAAUAAUCACAUUCUGGACAGGCAGACGCCCAACUAUCUGGAUCUGCGAUGCUUGGACAGCCAACGAACUCCUCGACAAACGAGCCGCAAUCUACGCGUCUCGACCACGCAUGGUCGUAUUCAGUGAAUUAGGCGCAGGGCAGUCCAAUUUAGUCAACAUGUACUACGGUGAUCGAUGGAGACUACACAGGAAAUUGACACAUAUGGGAGUCGGCUUACAGCAAGUACGCAACUACCGUGGUUUCCAGAAUGAUGAAAGCAAGGUAGUUGCGUUCGACCUUUUGCGAGAGCCCAAGCAAUACGUGAAGCAUUUCGAGAGAUAUGCAACCAGUGUGGUAUCUAUUAUUGGUUUCGGGAGACGCGUUGCUACGUUUACGGAUCCUAUUAUUACUGAGGUUAUUGCGGUCAUGCAACGUGCGGCGGAGUUGAAUGUACCUGGGAAGACUUUUCCUAUGUUGAUGGAGUCGUUCCCAUUUCUUGCCAAGUUUCCAAAUUGGAUGGCGCCGUGGAAACAGGGCUUAGGAAAGGGACAAGGACGCGGCAGACCAUUCUUUUACGCCCUGGCCGAAGAAGCAGUCAACAAUCCCAAUGCCGAGCAGUGUUAUGCAAAGAAGAUCUUUGAAGAAGCGCCCAAACACAAUCUCUCCCGUAUGGAGAUAUCCUCUCUCUCAGGAAACCUAUUCGGCGCAGGAAGCGACACGUCAAGCUCAACACUAGUAACCUUCGUACUCGCCUGCUGCGCCUUCCCCGAAACACUGACAAAAGCAUGGGAAGAACUCGACCGGGUGGUGGGGCCACACCGGAGCCCAAUGUUCCAGGACGAAGCAGAUCUACCAUACGUGAAAGCGUUUGUAAAGGAAGUGCUCCGCUGGCGAUCAGUGGCGAUUAUCGGAGGGCAGCCUCACGCGCCGAUAAAGGACGAUCAUUAUAAGGGAUGGUUGAUCCCGCGCAACACUUGGGUCCAGGGAAACGUGUGGGCCAUCCACCAUAACGAGCGGGAAUUCCCCGAUCCCGACCGCUUUAACCCGGAUAGAUAUGUCAAGGAUAGUCUCGAUCAAAGACCAUUUCCCGGUGAGAAGGGAUAUAUGACCUUUGGGUGGGGGCGGAGAGUGUGUAGCGGGCAAGGUCUUGCAGAGCAAGGGACCUUCAUCACCGUGGCGAGACUGCUAUGGGGGUUUCGGAUUGAGAAGGCUUUGAAUGAUCAAGGCAACGAAAUACCUGUGGACAUCUUCGAUUAUACUAAUGGUCUCAACAUGAGACCCAAUCCUUUCGAGUGCAGAAUCACGCCACGCAGUCCAGAAAUCCGUGCUGCCAUUGAACGAGAAGGUCGACAGGCUUUGCAGGAUUUAUCUGUGUAUGACGGCGAAACUCAGUAUCGCAUGAGUACAUUUUACGCAACGGAGAAUCUAUGA